AUGCCUUCCAGCGAAUCUCGGUUGUCCGAAGCUCUCUCACACCUCAACCCUCUUCGUCGUCGAGCGAGCUUAGCCAAAAGCAUCCGUAGCAUCUCUAGCGCUUUCAGUCGUAAAUCGAGGGAGUCGAUCAAAUCCAACUGGGACGCUGACAGUCAGCGCAGUGAACGUAGUCGCUACUCCUACAUCGCAGAAGUUCAAGAGCCUGGUGACAAGACCACGGAAGUAAAGGAAAUGGCAGGAAAAAAGAAGAAAGCCCAAGCUCAAGCUGAGCAGAAGACAUCCACCGUUCCGACUCCUGUCACCUCGUCGUCUCAGGCCAUCGACGCUAGCGCUCGAAAAAAGAAAAAGAAGUCCGCACCUCCCUCCAAGCAGAGCAAUGCCAUAUACAUGCCAAAGAUUCAUCCAGCUAUCCUUCGUGACCCUGAAGCCACGAAGAAACUGCUCGAUACAAUCUCGGAAUCGCCGGGAGGGAAGCGAUCACUUUCCAGAUUGGCUAGGACGUGCAAAGGGUUCUCAGAACCAGCAUUGAACACCCUUUGGAGAGAGCUCGACUCAUUAGUUCCAGUUGUCGGUGUGUUCCCGACCGUUUUGUUGAAGAAAGUACGGAAGCCUGGGUUAGGCCUUUCCAAAGCUCCAGAAGCAGAGGAUUGGAGUGGAGUCAUGUCAUACGGCGAGCGAGUACGACAGAUCAUUUACAAUGAGGCCUCGAACGCAUUGUCCCCUUCCAUUUUCCCCCAUUUUGAAUCAAACAGGCCAAGAAAAUACAUGCUCCCAAACCUUCAGCACCUUCUUUGGAAAACGGAGACUUCCGCAGGGUUGGAUUAUUGCGAGAUGUUCCUCAACCCUGAGUUGGAGAGUCUUACUCUUGAAAUGGGUGCUCGAUCUCCAAAACUUGUACCUCUCCUCUCAGACGUCUCGAAGAGGAUGACACUCAAAUCCUUCUCGUUUUCCUCUUCGAUCGCAUUGCCGGAAUCGUUUGUUGACAUCAUGGCACCUCAGGACGCCUUGCAGAGAGUAAUACUUGUUGCUCCUGGCGCACUGUCUCCGGCAGUUGGGCGCUGGGUGGCGUCUUUGCCAGAGUUGAAGAGUCUUCAGAUGGAUCUAUCGCGGAGAUCCGUGAUAGCUGUCGAAGGGUUCUUCGACGAAAUGCCGGGAUCUGGUGCUUCCACGCCGAGUUCUGUAGGUACUACCGACAGCGGUGUGUUUUCUGGCGAAGAGCUUGAUUUUUCCGACCAUCGCAAGUCUGCACUUCGAUUGACGGGAGAUCUGAAGUCUAGAGGCACAUUCGUUACGAUGCGCCAGUUGCACCUGACCGGCGAGGCGUCGAACGUCGCAGUUUUCCUGAAGUUUUUCGCCAGUCCUCUGACACACCUCGACCUCCUCAUCGAUGACCCUCCGGACAGUAUCGACUGGCAGGAUUUGAUAAACAUGGUCGGUCGUUUCGCCCAAUCCCUCCAGUCAUUGCGGAUAUCAGCUACAGCUAGCUCGAGGUUCAGCGACCUGGUUCGUUCAACACCAAGAGCCGACCAGCCAACGGGGAGGUUGUCCCUCGAAUAUCUCUCUUCCUUCCCAGCCCUGAAUCGUCUGGAGAUUGACUUACCAGAAUCGAUCCACUUUAUCGCAGCAGACAUCGCAAGAGUAGCGACAUGUUGUCCCAAUCUCGAGGAGCUCAAACUCUGCCCUUUCGCACGUUUCCCUGUGGCCACCGGUCCGCCAAAACUGACGCUAGAGGCCUUGGCGCCUCUGAUGGCUGAAUGCCCGCUUCUACACACCAUCUCUGUUGCAGUGAACGGACAGAAGGGGAGUUCUGGAAUGUUGUCGGAACCCGGAUAUUCUUCGGACUCCCUACGCAGAUGUCACUUCGGUCAUUCGUGGAUCAAUGACCCGCUGCAUGUCGCUAUUCUGUUAAGUCACCUCGCUCCAAAACUGGAUUCACUCAAGUGGUUCCACGAGCGGAACCGACCGGGUUUCAUCGAGACAAACGCACGGGGAUGGGAGAAAGUAUCCGAUAUGCUACCGCAUUUACAACAGGUCCGGUUAUCUGAGAGAAACCGCGCACGCAGACCACCACCCGAGAAGAUCAUCGAAUACGUUGAAGUCCUUCCACCUCCUAUCCCCACAAAGGAUAAAUGCAUAGGGCCAGAAAUCGUGAUGCACGAUCAAGGUGUUCUUGUCCGACCGAUGGUGGUUGAGUUUGCGGCACAGUGUGCGCCACAGUUGGUUCAUACCUCAGUAGAAGCUAUACCGGAGACUACCUCCGUUCAGAUUGAUGCUGUCCCAUGUGUUGAGGAGGUUGCAGUUGAUGCCUCAGUGGACACCAUGCACAGGUCCGUCGACGCCACGCCCGUCACCAUCGAGCUACCGGUAGACGCAACCCCCUCCAUUACUUCAAAAUCAGUCGAGGCUCUUGUUCCGAAAAACCAACAAAGAUAUCGGAGAACAAGUUACCAUAUCCUUCCGUCCAUCUUCAGUAUGCUUUCCUUCACAUGCAGAGUUUUGAUUGCCUACCCCAUGUCCAUCCCUAUGCGAAUUAUCCAUGCCAUCAUGUACAAUUCGUCGAUUCGAAGGAUGCACUCCAGCGAACGAGAUUCUUCGGAGUCAUCCUCAUCUCAUAACGACAACGACGAUAUCAGUAUGACUACCGUUCAAGACGCUGAUUGUGUGAAACCCACGCCAGAAAAUUGGUGGAGUGUUUGUGUGUGUAAGGGGAACCGAGAGCUCAUGAAACAGGAGAUAAAUAUCAAGGAAACACUGAAGGAGAUGGAGAGAGAAGUGCAAGUCCAAUUUUGGUAUGAACACUGUGAUGGUCAAACAAGAAGCAACAAGACCGCGACGCGUCAGACUCAGACUCCUCGCUCAACCUCGUAUUGCUUCCAGUCCCCAAUUAUGUCCGACAACAAGAAGCAGGAGAAAGAUUUCACUCCUGAAGUUGAGGUUCUCCUACCAGAGGCUGAAUCCCUGGUUAAAGCCGGAAAGUUACAGGAAGCUCUCGACAAACUCUUUAGUUUGGAGAAACAAACAAGAAAUGCUGCCGAUCUUGCCUCCACAACCCGAUUGCUCAAAGUUAUCUCGCAACAUUGUUACGAUGCCCGCGAUUACACACAGCUAAACAACAGCAUUUCGACUCUCAGUAAGAAACAUGGACAGCUCAAAGCUGCCAUUCAAGCUAUGGUGGAGCUUUCGAUGAGCUGGUUGGAAGAAGUAAGGCAAAGGGAUGGAACUAAGAAAUGGCUGGAGCUGGUCCAUACACUCCGAGAGGUAACGGAAGGAAAGAUUUUUUUGGAAACACCAAGGGCCCGCGUAACUUUACUCCUAUCCCAGUAUCAUGAAGACCUUGCCAGUAAAGCCAAAGCUCCGGAAGAUAACCGCAAAUCAAUGGAGACGGCUUCAGAGUUACUUUCCGAUCUUCAAGUGGAGACUUACUCGUCCAUGGAACGUCGGGAGAAAACAGAGUUCAUUUUGGAACAGAUGAGGUUGUUAAUCGCGGUGGCGAGGCGGAAGGACGAAACCGCGAAAGACAAGGGCAAGGAUUCUACCACAGAUGGCGAAUCAGAGUGGGUCAAAGCUCGAGUCGGUGGAAGGAAGGUCAAUGAAGAGUUUCUAAAGGAAAAAGACAACGAGGAUCUGAAACUGAAAUAUUAUGACCUGAUGAUUCAACAUGCUCUCCAUUACUCUUCGUAUCUUGAUGUCGCGAAAUACUACCACAAAGUAUGGGAAACUCCGUCAAUCAAGGAAGACGUAAACGACAAAGGCAAAGCCGCCCUCGAACAUAUCGUCUACUACGUAGUACUGGCAUCCCAUGAUAACGAGCAGUCUGAUAUGCUUCACCGAUUAUUUGUUGACCCAGCGCUUGAAAAACUGCAGCUGCACUACAAUCUGGUCAAGUGUUUCACGACGCGGGAGCUUAUGAGGUGGCCUGGAAUUGUUGAGAUAUAUGGAGAGUUCCUCCGCAAAACGCCUGUAUUUUCCCUCGAAAAACGAUGGGAGGACCUUCAUACCCGGAUUAUCGAGCAUAAUAUUCGCGUCAUAGCCGCAUACUACACACGAAUCACCAUAUCUCGUUUAACAUCUCUCCUGGACCUUACCCGCAAACAAACAGAGGAAACGCUUGCGAGGCUAGUCGUCUCAAAAACCAUCUGGGCACGCAUAGAUCGACCGGCAGAGAUAAUCAACUUCAGAAGUCCACGAAGUGCUGAGGACGUGAUGAACGACUGGAGUUCAGACAUGCAAAAGUUGUUGGGUAUGGUUGAAAAAACUUGGAUGGGAAUGAACGCUGCGCAAGCCGCUCAGUCAAGAAUAAGAGCGACUGCAUCCUCGUAG